CCACCACAGUGCCACCUACUGGCGGAAAGUGAGAAUAAACAGGAAGUGGAGGUUGGGCGUUUGUUGACAAGCAAGGCAGCGUGUUGUUGACUACAUUAUCUGUUUUUAGAUAGCCUGACCGCCAAUGUGAGCUUGUGCAGGGGUUUUCAGCUAGUAAGUGGCGGCAGCUCCAUAGAAAAGACUGUAUGGCACAAGCUAUAGCGCUAUACAACAACAGAUAUAAACUCAAAGCACAGAUCCAUGCAAUGAACUGAUUGUUUGAGCCUCUAUGGACAGUGACAGAAGAGGGGCAGGAGGCAGGGGAGGGAGACGAAGGAGAGGAAAUCGUGGUGGAGAGAACAGAGAUGUCCGCUUGUCAAAGUCUAUGUCCUUUGCCCUGCGCCAUGGAGCAAACCAAAUGGGUCUGCAGAUGGGUGCAGAUGGCUUCCUGUUUGUGGACGAGCUCCUUGCUCACCCACAGUUCCGCUCCUACUCACUGGAGGAUGUGGAAAGAGUCGUUGCCACCAAUGAUAAGCAGCGCUUCAAGCUCCGCCCCCACCCGGAGGACGGUCAACUGCAGAUUCGAGCCAAUCAAGGUCAUUCAGUACAGGUAAUGGACCUGGAGUUGAAGCCAGUGCUUGCUGGCUCUGCAGACUGUCCUGCUGAGGCGGUGCAUGGCUCCUACCUGCGCAACUGGAGCUCCAUCCGGCAGCAAGGGCUCAGCCGCAUGACGAGAACACACAUUCACCUGGCUGCAGGCCUGCCAGGGGAGGACGGCGUCAUCAGCGGCAUGAGGAGAGACUGUGACCUGGCCAUAUUUAUCGAUGUCCCCAAAGCUCUCGCUGACGGGAUUGAGUUCUUCUGGUCUGAGAAUGCUGUGUUGCUGACUCCGGGCGAUGCAGAAGGCAAACUGCUCCCCAAGUACUUCAGCCGAGCCUUAAGACUGAGACCUACAAGGGGCAUCCUGCCACUGGAAUAGCGGCAGAGAAUAUUGUUCUGCGAUUGGUCGGUGAAGGUCUCAGCUGACCGUGCCAGUAGCCUGUGGUUGGCCGGUCUUUGCUCCAGUUCCCUUGGAAACACUUCUUGUUUGGAAGGCGAAUCCUAAUGAGGACAUUUGGCCAGAAUGUACACACUGCAUCCUCAAUGUGACUAAAUAGGGAAAAGCAAAACUCUUUUCAGGUUUACAUGAUUAGAAGUUAUUGAGAGGAUAUUGAGGCUUAAAAUGAGUGAGAAUUGCCGCAGGAAGGCAUUUAUCACUUUUAUGUGACAAUUUAACAGGGUUUUGCUCGGAAAUCGUACUUUUUAUUUGCAUCUUUGUCGACUUUCUUUUUCGUUAUUGCAUUAUCAGUAAUAAACAGAAUAUUGCAUCCA